CUGUGGCUGCCGCGGCUGCUGCGCGGCUCCGGGCGCGCCGGCCGGGGGCGCCGAGAUGGAACCGUUGGCACCCAUGCGGCUCUACACGCUCUCCAAGCGCCACUUUGUGCUCGUGUUUGUCGUCUUCUUCCUCUGUUUUGGCCUGACUGUCUUCGUUGGGAUCAGAGGACCCAAAGUAAUCCAGACUUCUGCAGCGAAUUUUUCACUAAAUAACAGCAAAAAGCUAAAGCCARUUCAAAUACGUUCGAAUCCACUAUCUACAUAUAAUCAGCAACUGUGGCUGACAUGUGUUGUUGAGUUGGAUCAUUCAGAAGAAACUUCUAUUCAGACAAGCUUUUCCAUGACUGUCAAAGUCAACGGUGUGGCCCAGGAUGGAACCACCAUGUACAUUCACAACAAGGUUCACAAUCGGACGAGGACCCUCACGUGUGCAGGGAAAUGUGCAGAAAUUAUUGUGGCUCACCUCGGCUACUUAAAUUACACUCAGUACACCGUGACUGUGGGGUUCGAGCACCUGAAGCAGCUCAUCAAGGAGAUGAACUUCACGUGGAAGACUUAUGACCCUGCGUUCUCCAAGCUGGAAAUUUGGUUCCGUUUUGUCUUCGUGGUGCUCACCUUCAUCGUGACGUGCCUGUUUGCACAUUCCCUGCGCAAGUUCUCCAUGAGAGACUGGGGCAUCGAGCAGAAGUGGAUGUCUGUCCUCCUGCCGCUGCUGCUGCUCUACAACGACCCGUUCUUCCCCCUCUCCUUCCUGGUGAACAGCUGGUUCCCCGGGAUGCUGGACGACCUCUUCCAGUCUGUGUUCCUGUGUGCCUUGCUGCUCUUCUGGCUGUGUGUGUACCACGGAAUACGGGUCCAGGGAGAAAGAAAGUGUCUAACUUUCUAUUUGCCUAAGUUCUUCAUUGUGGGACUCUUGUGGCUGGCUUCUGUUACACUAGGAAUAUGGCAAACAGUUAAUGAAUUACAUGAUCCAAUGUACCAGUAUCGAGUUGACACCGGAAAUUUUCAGGGAAUGAAGGUCUUCUUCAUGGUGGUGGCAGCUGUGUACAUCUCAUACCUCCUGUUCCUGGUGGUGCGGGCGUGCUCGGAGCUCCGCCACAUGCCUUACGUGGAUCUCAGGUUAAAGUUUUUGACAGCGUUGACCUUUGUAGUGCUUGUCAUUAGCAUCAUCAUCCUUUAUUUAAGGUUUGGAGCACAAGUGUUGCAAGACAACUUUGUAGCAGAACUGUCAACUCACUACCAGAAUUCAGCUGAGUUCUUAUCUUUCUAUGGCUUGUUGAACUUUUAUCUCUACACUCUGGCCUUUGUGUAUUCUCCAUCAAAGAAUGCUCUGUAUGAGUCCCAGCUGAAAGACAAUCCUGCCUUUUCCAUGCUGAAUGACUCUGAUGAUGAUGUGAUUUAUGGGAGUGACUAUGAAGAAAUGCCCCUGCAGAACGGCCAGGCCAUCCGGGCCAAGUACAAGGAGGAGUCCGACAGCGACUGAGCUCCAGGCAGUGGGCAGGGCGGCCAGAGGCCGGCCGCCUUCCUUCAGUGACCAUGUCCUGGCCUCCCUUCGACCUGCUUAUGUUCAGACUUUCUUAUAAGCAAGGUUCCCUGUUCCUUAUUUGUUUACAUAUUUUUAAAAGAAAAACCAAACCUUGAGAGAAAAUUUAUAUGUUGGGUCACAUAUGCUCCUUAUAUGGGAAAAGGCUGAUAAAAAGCAGAAAAAGCCAAAUCCUUUCUACAGAUUUCAGAUGGGAGAGCAUGUUUUCAGUGGUGAGAGAUUACCCAUUUUUAGUAGUUACGCACUUUGUUUUUUAAAAUAAUUCAGUAAUUUUGAGCCAUGGGAAACCUUCCUCUUCCUUCCCUCUAUUUCCUAUGGUACCUUUUUUUUUUUUUUUUUAACUUAAAGUGAAGCCUGUUUCUGUGGCCACUCAGCUGGGCAGUCCUUCCCUGGGCAGUGGUCAGGGCCCUCGAUUCCCCAGACCCUGGAACCUUCACAUCUAUUGCAUUGGGUGAGCCAUGUAUAGCACAUCUCACUGGGGAAAGGCAGGGGCCAGGCUCCAGCCCUUCACUGCCACUGAAGCAGAGGUGACAGUGACAACAGAAGUGAGUUCUGAGGAGCUCUGAUAAGCUGAAUGAGAAAGGACAGUUGCAGGUCACCAGCUCUGUGGGUGAGGUUCUGUGCCAUGGUGCUUUCCCAGGGUGUGUGCRCACACUGUACAGACGUGGAGAUGGGCGGAUAUCCCUGUGGUCGGGGUAGACAGCAGGGUAGCCAUUCUUGUUCUAAUAAAUAGUUUCUGCAACUUAGUUGAACAUGAAGCCCCAAAGAGCUUUAUUUUUUUAAAUAAAAGCUACAUGAAUGAUUGUUAUAGAUUCUUUAUUGCCAAAAAGUUUUUCAGUUUCCUCUUUGGGAACUAGAUGAAAAGAAAGUAAGASAUUUUAAAUGGCUAUGGAAACACAUCUUUGGGUAGAGGUAGCUUGUUUGGAAGUCACUCCCUGUGCUCCAGUGAGUCUCACAGUGGCCAGGUGAGCAGAUACAUUGCCCCAUGGAAAAUAGACAUCUCUGGUGCUGGCAAAGCUUGGGCAUCAGAGGUCUCUUCCUUUCUGUCAGAGACAGUUGAUGUUCCCUUGCUCCUCCUGGCCACACACAGUUAUGUCUGUUAACAGUGAUAACUAUGACCAUCCCCCAUCUGCUGCCAUCUUGGCCAACACAGAGGCCCAGAAGUUGCUUGUCCGGCUCUCCAGGCAGCACCUACGGUCCCUUCAUCUAUGCACCAACUCUCAUAUUUCCAUCCAGAGCCACAGGUGACAGUCCACCUCAGGUGGUACUAGGACCUGAGAGAUGCUUGAAGGACACUAUGCUUUAUGACUUCCUUUUUAAACUUUAAUGAUAAUGUACUUUAUGGAUUUUAUUUACUUUGUUUUUAAACACCUUGUAAAUAUGAAUGUUUGAAAACAAUUAUUGCAAGGGUAUUUCAAGUUUACAUGAUUUUUACAUCUGUAAUGCUGUGAUGACUUUUUGAUUCUGUAUACUGAAAUGUUUGUUACCAAAUUUUACAAUUCCUACUGAGACUACUCCAACUAUAAUUUUAUGUAUAUUGAUAAAGACUGACUUGUGCUGAUUAACAUAUUAUGUAAUGUAGUUUGUUUUAAUCAUUAUAAAAGGAUUAUCCAUGAUUUGGAAUGCUGUUAUCAGUAAAUGUAAGAUAUUGAGGUUUACCCAUAGACAGAACUUUUUUAGGCUUGUCUUUGUCAUGUAGUGAUUAUAAACUGAUGGCUAAUAUUGUCACACACUGAUUCUUCAUGGCAUCAAUGAAAGAAAGUAUGGGAGUAUUUUUUAUGUUGUAAACAAGAAAAAUAUUAGUACUUAAGGGAAAAUGGUUGCUUAUUAAAUCAUGCAUUUUUUUAUUUUGCUUUCCUGGGUGUUAUAUUGACACAUUAUAUAUUCCAUGUAAAAAUUUGCUUAUAAAGCACUAAACAUGUAGAAUAUGUGCCAUAGGUAUUGGGUUAAAACACUAAAGUCUGCCAGAAACUUYUGAUAGUAACAAAAUUGUUUUUCUAAGAGGAUAGUAAAGUUUUGCAACCUUAAAUUAUAAAUGGGCUGACUUUAAUGCUUUCAUGAUAAUGGAUUAAAUAACAUCGUCUCUGGGAUUUUUUUUUUAUAUUGGUCCAGUCUAGGGGAACUUGGAAGAUGAACAGAGCUAUUUCCUGGUUUCCCUAGGGAAAGCUUCAUUAUCCACAUGGAUAACAGAUCUGCUUGAUUUAUUAUUAAAUCAUUCCAGCAGCGAAGUGGUGCCAUUCUCUUUCUAGAGAAGGGGAUAUAUGAACUAUAUUAAAGGUUUAUAAGGUGAUGACUAUACAUAAUUACAGACUUCAGUAAGUUAGAAAAAUUGUGUAAACUCAGCGCAUUAGCUGGACAGGUUACAAGACAAAUGUCACCAGCCUCAAGUUUUUGAUGAACUGUUUAUUGAAGGCAUAGUUAUGAUAAAGGUUAUAAUGUGGCCAGUACCUUAUUUCCCGAAUCAUUUUCACAGGAAAAAUAUACCCACAAAAGGGAUCAUUAAAAGAGACUACUCCAUGAACAUUUGUUAAAGAUCAGAUAAAGAUACUAAGGUGUAUUUGUGUAUUUUGAGGGUUUCAGAAACCAGUUGCCUUAGAGAUUAGAUUUGGGGGGGGGGCGUGAAAAAAGAAAAUAUAAGUCUUUUCUUCAGGCCAAAGGAAAACUUUUCUUCAGGCCAAAAAUCUGUGACAUCCUGUUGAGCAGUUUAUCUUGUCUUGGGGUUUUGGAUGCACUGGUGUAAUAUACACUAUGAAAGGGUUUUCUGCUACUGAAAACUUCCUUUUUACAAAAAAAAAAACAACCUGUAAAUAUUUGUAAAAAUGAAACACUGAACUUUUAAGGUCAGAAAGAAAGAACUAUGUAUUACACUUUGAAACUGUCAGUGGAGCACAGUGCUCCUGGCCACCUGRUCAGAGUGGAUGUAAUCAAUCAGGCAAAUGUCAAUAAAUGUUUAUUUAUGGCAAACUUACUAUUUGGGAAUGGCCUUAUUCGGUUUAAUUUAUUUUUAGCUUUCAAUCCUUAUAUGUAUCUUGAUUGUUUGCUCUUUUAGACAUGUUURGCCUUUUAGACAUGAGUGUUUUAGUACAAGGGCUUCCGCCCGCCCCAUUUCAGGAGAUAGACACAACAGUGUUAYGAUUACCAUGUCUGACUACUACCACAUCUGUGGCCUGUGGGAGACCUACGAAAAAGACAACAGACACCUGGGCUUUGGGCACACCCUUCUACKUACUUAGACAUAUGACUUUAAAAUCAUAUAUUGGCUUAGCUGCAUAAUGGCUGUGGACACAAAGUGACCAACUGUGAAAGCAUUUUGUAAGCCCUCAAGUACUAAAACACUCUGUGAUUGCUACUGAAAAAUAACAUGGGAGUAAAGAUGUAACGACACAGCUUUGAGCCAGGUGUCUGGCUUGCCCACCUCUCUCUCAGCUUCCAGAAGCUGGCAACUUAGGAAUAAGGGAUGCGAUGUUCGCAGAAGAUCUAACCAGAACCCAGCAGCACUGUCAGCAUCCUGGUCCAGUGGGUGAAAGCAACAAAUCCUCCUCUUGGGGAGGACCAAAGUACAGAAGCAACUGUUUUUAUUGAUGCACCAAGGCAUUUUAUUUGUAUGUAUCGCAUCCCUAGAAAAAGAAUCCCAGGACUUUCCCUCCUGUUUUCGUCAUCUUGGUCCAUGCCAGYGAAGUUUUCAGUCCAGUGAACUGAAACGGACAAGGUGGCUGGAGAUCUCCCUUUUCCUAGAUAAUUUGGGGCUUGUCACUGCCUGCUUGAUUAACCUGCCUGUGAACAUUAGUGAUUUCGAGUUCACCAAUGGACUCACACUUCAUGGUCACAGUAAGUAACCAGUGGCUGACCUUGGAUCCCAGCCUACCAAGAACCUGGCCUCACCUCUCUUCCCAGCAUUGUUGAUGCUCUGCUCUUGGGAGCACCUCCAACACACUCAGUGCACUCUCAGGGUGGCAGAAGAGCCGAAGGCAACUUUCCUUUUGUGAGUCUUACAGAUUUCUGAAUGCACUAACCCAGUAUGAAGAAUUUGUGACACUAAUAUAAUUAUGAAAAACAGACUUGAAAUUUGAAUAAUUUAUUAUUCUAACAAAAGUAUAAAGUAUGGAAAAUUAGUGUAUUUGAAUCAUUUCAGAGAGUAAAGAGUUUCCCACUAGCAGAUUUCAGUUUUUAGCACCUUUGAAAAGAAAUAAGAGUUAAGACAAGUGGCAAUACAAACUCCAGUCUACCUACAGAAUUAUUCAUCUGAUUUCGGAUAUGCAGUUCAUAUAACAGUGCAGUCAUUUGGUUUAUUUGUCUACGUUUUGAGAGUGCUACAAAACACAAGAGAAAGGUGUUCACCGAAUUCAUGGUGGGUUAGAAAAUAGAAAAGAAA